GGGAUGUGUCAAAAUAUACAAGUGAUAAAUAAACAAUGAGUGCAUCGGAGAUCAGGAAUAAGUGAUUUCAUAAGCAGUCAGAAACUAUAGGGUAGCAACUCUUUGGAAAGUUUUUCAUUAUUUCUUACAUCGGGAAAUGUCGACGGAUACAACAAACGACGAAAAUGAUGUAUCUUCUUUACCUACAUUGUUCGCAGAGGGGUUAAAACUUUUCAAUAAUUUGGAGAAAAUUGAUGAACCCACCAACACUUUGGACGUUCAAAUAAGGGUGAAAAGAUGUAUAAAAAUAUUCGAGAAAGCUACCAUUCUAUGUUCAUAUGCUGGUGUUUUUAGUAGCAAUGAAGAUUAUGAAGAAAUUGCCACUGCAGACCUUCAGUACUUUUUACUUCCAGCCCUUCUUGGAUCCCUUCAUUUAAAGCUCACAUCAGGAGAAAGGAAUAACAUUGUUGAAGUUUGCGAUGCAUAUUUUACUGAUUUCAUGAAAAGAUGUGUGGAUUAUGGAUUGUGCUCUUACGACUUCAAAAGGCAAAAACCAGGUGUUGAUGAUGGCUCAAAUAGUAAGGAGCCUUUGAGUGAAAUGGAAGAAUUGACUGUCUUAGCUAAGAGGAGAGCUGAUAAAAUUAAGCGUUAUAAUGAACAACAACAGGCAAAGAGGCUUCUGAAUGAAUUGGAAGCCAAUUUAAAGAAGGAUCAUGUUGAUGAUCAUAUGAAAAGAGAAUAUUUUACUAAAUUAAUUCAGUUUUACUGUAAUGAAUCAAUAAAUGAGUUGGAUAGUUUGGAAUUUGAAAAAGUAUUGUUAAAACAUAUGGCAACAUUGAAAAAAAGUGAACAACCAAAACCAAUGAAGCGACCACCAGCUCCACUGAAACCAAUUAUCAUUACUAAAGAUGUAGCUCAGAAAGCUGUAUUUGGAGCUGGCUAUCCAUCAAUGCCUUCCAUGACUGUCCAAGAGUUCUAUGAUAAAAGGAUCAAAGACGGAGUCUUCCCUGAUCCUUCCAAACUGAAAAUCAAUUCUAUUAGUUUACAAGACGCUGCUAUGCGAGCUCCUGCUCAAGAACCUGAACAAGAGCUUUCAGAGGAAAUUGAUACUGAUGAUUAUCACAUUCUUGAGGCGAUGAGGCAAAGGGAUGAAUUCAAGGAUACCCAUCGUAGAGGAUGGGGGAAUAGAAUGAAUAGAAGCUAGUUGGAAAGCAAAUUUUCUUGUAGAUAUUACCAAUGUUCUCCUCAUUGUGAUUUUUUUGUCAAUAAUAUUUUCUUAUUUUCCUCAUUUGCUUUUUGUUGGAGAAAAGAUUUCACAGAUUUCUAAUCAUCUUGCCAUUCAGAAAAAGUUAGUAGUAACAUUCUGAAUGAGGCAAAAAUAAUGAGGUUCUUUCAAAUUAUUUAUUACCUAUCAUGAUGUUCUGAAGUAUACUUUUGGAGGGAUCAUUUGGUUUAAACUCUUGUACUUAAUUAUCUAUGUAAAUAAUAAAAGUUGUUUAGUUUUAAA